CUUGGAAUCUACAGGAGUCUGCCCCUACACGGGAGGCCAUGUAGGAACAGAAGCCAACGUAAACAAAUAAGCAUUACGGCAGUUGGAGGUGUUGUGGUGGGCGGCGUAAUGGCAUAGGCGCGCACUCCCACACCCAUUAGUGAGGAAAAACUAACUAAUGUUGUGAUUGUGGCCGCCAACACAGGCUCAUGCAAAACUUUUUGGCGACUGCUUUAAACCGUCUGACAGUUGUUGGAUACUCGUCAUCGAACUCCUUUGAAGAGAAUUUCAAAGGAGCAUCAAACGGUAUCAACGUGAUGAAUACAAAUUAAAUCAACCUGGAACACGCGUGAUGGCGAGGAGACGAAUUUAUAAAAACAUUCAAACAAAAGUCUUUUGAAGCCGCCACAGGAAGGAAAAACAAAAUAGCCUAUUGUGCAUAAAACUGAGCCUCGCGCACCAUGACGACCAGCGGGAGAGAUCAGGCAGCCGUUGGUUACAUUCUGGACAUGAGUCAACCACACCACCACCACCACACCGCCUCCAGGUAUUCCUUCUGGCUCCCAAACUCCACCCUACAAUCUCUGUUGACAUCAGAGGAAGCCUACAGUCCCCUCAGCUCCGUGUCGUCGCUGGCUGCUCACCACGACGACGACCUACUCUUCCUUCUACAGGGAAACGACACCAACGCCACCAGCACAGGCUACGUGCCCUACUUCCAGCGCCCGGAGACCUACAUCGUGCCUAUCCUCUUCGCUGCCAUCUUUAUUGUCGGCGUUAUAGGUAACGGGACGCUCAUCGUCAUCUUCGCCAGGAACGAGAACCUUCGCAACGUGCCCAACACCUACAUCAUCUCCCUGGCGUUGGGGGAUCUCCUCGUCCUCUUCUUCACCGUUCCCUUCGUCUCCACCAUUUACACCAUAGAGUCCUGGCCCUACGGGAACUUCGAGUGCAAAUUUAGCGAGCUAGUGCGGGACAUAUCAGUUGGUGUGACGGUCUUCACCCUGACGGCGCUUUCUGCUGACCGCUACCUCGCUAUCGUCUCCACUAUCAGAAGGGCUGUGGGCGGGGCGGGCCGCAGGACGCUGCGGACAGCGGUGGGAAUAUGGGUGGCAGCAGGAAUGUUGGCCACUCCAGCAGCACUGUUCUCCCAGGUACAGGCCUUCCAUGUGACGGACGAGAAGGUCAUCAACGUCUGUUACCCGUUCCCAGAGGACUUGCCCGAGUGGUACUCCCGAGCCAAUGUCAUCGUGAAGGCGCUCUUGUACUAUCUCCUCCCGCUCGUCGUCAUCGCCACCUUCUACUUGCUGAUGGCUAGACACCUGUUAUCCUCGGAUGACGUGCCCGGGGAGUCUCAUGUCUUCCAUCGUCAACUGAGGACUAGAAGAAAAGUGGCUAAAAUUGUUCUGUGUUUUGUGCUCAUCUUCGCCGUGUGCUUCCUACCCACACACGUCUUCCUGCUGUGGUUCUACUUAGACCCGCAAGCUUCCAUCAAGUAUAACCAGUUCUGGCAUGCCCUUCGCAUCGUUGGCUUCUGUCUCGGGUUCAUUAACUCGUGUAUCAACCCCAUCGCCCUAUACUGCAUCUCCGGUACCUUCAGGAAGUACUAUAACCGUUACCUCUUCCGAUGCUGCCGCUGGGUCGACCGCGGGCAUCGAACUCACUCCUUCCUGCAGCCGCGACGCUCCGGAAUGUCACAGUGCCGUUCCUUCACCCUGCGGGGCACUGAGACUAUCACCCUCACCACGCUCAUUCACGACAGGGCCUCACCUGCCACCUCCUGACACACGCCAACACAAUCUUGCUCUCCAGCGUCUGCCCGCCCAUGUUCUCCCACGCCCACGCUAACCUAUUCUCCCGUAACUACACGCCCAUUCCUGGCGAGAGAUCAAAUCUACAGAACCAAUAACCACGAGUCUCCACUGUGUAGCCGAGAAAUGGUGAUGGCCGUCGACCUAGACGUCGAGAGUAACACUUGUAUUUAUGAAGAAGUCGAGUUGUGAGACCUCCCUACGCAGCCCCUUCUGUAGUGUCGCCCCCUCGACAUGAGUUUGUGGCGGCUCCUGAGGGAAAUGUGAACUUCUUGAGCAAUCUGAAGGUCCUCAUGAACAGAAUCAUAAUCUUGAUGAUUUCAUGAAUGGUAAUGAGGAAGCCUCACGAAAUUGUGGAGGACUUUGCGAGUAGUGUAAGGAACCUCAUAAGUCGUAUGCAAGCCGUUCGUGAGUACUGUGAAGGACCUCGCGGCAAGCGUGAAGGGACCCUCAUGAGUGGCGUCGGGACCUCAUGAACGAUUGUGGUAACUUGUCUCACAGAUCAGUCAUAUCACAUAAAAUAUAUUGCACUUGGGCAGGACGGUAGAGCGACGGUCUCACUUCGUGCAGGUCCCCGUUCAUUCCCCGACCGUCCAAAUACUUGAACACCAUUCUUAA